CCGACACCACCAGGCACUCACUACCUACCUUAACCACUGGCGCUCUCGUAAUUUGCCCCAAAAUCCAAUUCCGAUGUUCCUUUGUGUUUGUGCCUCCUCAUCAUCGUAUUGUCCCUCCGUCCAUCCAUCCAUCCAUCCUCAACAGUCACAUAGCAUCACACUCGUUUAUCGUCCGCACAAUAAUAGAAUCAUCCACCUAUUCACACAUUUAUCUGGGUUCCCAGCAUCCUCCCUGGUCAGCUGUGCGCCUAUCUAUCUAAUCGCCCACCUAUCCACUCUUCCACUCAAGCCACUCCACUUCCAACUUUCAAGCCACCACCACACCACCCUCACUGUGAAACAAACGCGGCUCCCGUUCCACAUCCUCACUCCAUCCCCAAGAGCCUCUAAAUCUUUCGGGAAUUGCUUCGGAAAUUCUCAUUUGACUUCGACUCCGGUAUCUCGACAUACUCUCACUCCAUCUACAGCAUCCGUCUCUGCCAGCCAGAGAUCCUCUCGUUUGUUCCAAUCUGUUCUGAUGUUCUGAGCUUCUCGACCACUAUCUUCUAGCUCCGUCAUGUGUACCUAGGUAGCUACAGCCUUCCCCAGCAGCCAAAAUAGCUGCCAUGAGCGGCCCAACUUUGACCAUGUCGACGGCCUUCUCCAACGAUGCCUUUCACCGUUCGCAUUCGUCACCAACCCUCCCAGACCUGGUCAAUUUCGACUUCCCAAUCGCCACGACGCAGCCAAAUGACGAGCUCCCCAGGUCGGCGAGUUUCCACAGCCUCCCAACCCUCGAUGCUCAGUAUAAGUCAGAGAAGGAUAGAAUAGUAGCCGCAGAGGUCCCAGCAGAAUCUACAGUCUCGCAGACACUGAAUAUGCGAGAUGGCAAGCCAGGAGGGAACAAGCUGAUAAAGGAAGAGCGCCCCAAACUGGAACGGGUAGGCAGGACGAAGUCUCUGGUUGCGCGGCCCAAAUCCUGGAUUCAAAAGUAUAAAGGGAGUUCACCAGAGCGGAAGAACUCCUCCGAAUCAGCUGCUACAACACCAAGCGAUGCUCCGCCAGUCCCUGCAAUUUCCAAAUCGAUCCGGGACAAGGACAACAAAACGAAGACUGUGUCAGAGUCGUUUGCAACCUUUGCCCGGAAGUCGUGGAUCUCUAGUUCGAGAUCGCCAUCUCCAAGCAACCGGAAGCCUCCUCGAGAUGUUGAGAAUGGUGGGAAAUCUGCUGCGGAAUCCAAGAUGUCAGGCAGUCCAUUGACGUCCAGCCGGGCUGUGAAUCCUCCUCCGAAAUUCGAAAAAGCUCCUCGUACUGUCUCGACUGACAGUCCACCGAAACCUCGACCUACCACAUACCAGAAGAUCAAGCAGAGGCCUGCCAGUGUCCUAAUGACUUUUACAAAUUUCAAUUCUACAAACUCGUCGACGAGUAGCUUACCCAGGAGCUCUUUGGAUAAUAGGUCGACUCCCAGAACUUCGACAGACAGAGUUCCGGCUCUUCCGAAGAAUUUUUCGACCGACAAGUUUCAUAUAAAUGGCGAGCCGACCCGUCGACGGGAUGAACUUUGGUCCUCCUUCCGUUCUCUGGAGAACGACUUUUCGAAAUUUCAAUCCAAGAGCUGGUCCUUGAAAACGAAUGUUGUUCGAUCAUCACUUCUACCUUUCCUCAAAAACCACGUAUCACACCCUUCAAACAAGAAUCUACGGCCCGAAGAUCUGGAUCGCCGUGUAACAAUCCUGAAUAAAUGGUGGGUGGGACUUUUGGAGGUUCUGGAUGGGAGACAGAAUCAGACUGUUAGUGGGGUUGAUCGUCCAAUAUUGCUAGAUGCUUGCUACAUGAUUAUGACCAGACCGGAGUGGCGGCUAUCCCCACCUCAUUUUGCUCCUCUAGCAGAGAGGUCUGCAAAUCAAUCACCUGAACGACGACCGCUUCCAAGAAAGAGAUCCUCAUCCGCAUCUUUGAACUCUUCAGCCUCUCAUUUUUUGACUGAAUCCGUCUACCACAAUACGCGCAACCUGUUUAUCCAAAAUCUCCUCUCCCAGAUGGCGUUUGUCGUUGAUAAGAUGUCGUUGAGACAUGCACCUGCAAGUCUGGUCACUUUCUGUGGAAAGGCCGCGGCGUAUGCUUUCAUUUUCGUUCCAGGCGUUGCGGAGAUUCUGGUCAGGAUAUGGAAACUUCAACCUGAUGAUCUGAAGCGUGUCUCAGAUAUACUGGGAAUGCCUAGGCGAGUCAACAAAAUGGAGCUGGGUGAUGCGAAUUGUGCUUUUCCGAAUCACGUUCAGUGCUUGGGGUGGACCUCAGUGAAGACCAUGGCGAAUCUCCUGAGACAGAAUCCGAUCUUGCCAGUUCUGGUUGGAAAAAUACCGUGGUAUGGACCUUGGGCUGCGAGAUGGUGUGGGCGAGAUAGCGAUCUGUUCUAUGUUUUUGUCAAGCAUUAUCAUGUGUUGGUGGAGGGAUUCUUGCCAGAAGGUCUCUCGCUUGCUGAGAAAGCUCGUGCUCCAGGGUUCAUGCUCGUUCAAGCCCAAGUCGUGAUAACACUAGAUGCCACCAUUCAUCGACAGCCAGCUGCAGAUCCUCUUCCGAUCACUUUCGAUGAUGUACUCGCAGGCGCCGAUGCGAAUGCUGCCGCUCUCCCUUUACCAUCCAACAACUCAGCAAGAUUGAUGGCUGAAAAUCGUCUGGUCAUGCUACUCCGAGACUUCAUUUCUGAACGGUCCUCAGAAUACGAUGCUGCCCGAAAAACUUUUGCCGAGGCAUUUGGAAAAAUGAUGCAAGCUUCAGCAAAGAGGACGUCAUUAUUCGACCACAAUGCUUGCUUUGUAUUACUCGACUUCCUGGAAGAAGCCCUGAUUAUCUACAUCCGAUUUCACUAUACUCACAGCCUGGAUUGCGAUUACAUUGAUUGGCCUUUCUGGUUAGGUGUUUGCAAAAAGAUGUUGGAGAGCGAGAAUACCAUGUCUGAAAUUCGACUCUUUUCCUUUCUUUAUGGGUCUUGGCAUCUGAUCACUCUUGAUGAGAGACGGAAAGAAAUCAUGUGUCUGGAUUGGUUGUUGACUGAGGAAACCUUUGAUAGAUUCUUCAAUCACUGGUGUCCUAUGGUUAGAGCAUAUUAUAUGCGUCUGAUCUGUUGGCGGCUCUGUCGGGAUGAUGGAGACGCCAGUGAUCUUGAUACGAAAAUCUUCUCAACAGUCUCAGUACGCAUCAAGUCUAACUGGGCUCACUACAUAUUCCUGAAACAAUCUGCGGAAAAGGCUCGUGUCCUUCCUCCUUCCACCGCACCCUGUCAUCCAGCUCCUGGUAGACGCCUACUUAUCAUCCGAAACGACACUCAAAUUCCACCAGUCAGCAUGUUUCUCGGCUUCGACGGCAUCGUCAAUUCUUCGUCACAAGGAUUAUCAGGUCUGCUCCCGAAAUCGUCAAAACGACAAUCACUCCCACCUCCUACACUCACCAAACCGGAAACAGCAGAAAACAACUCAAAGCUGAGUGCCGACUCGCCCAGCGCACCCAACAAGAAACGCUGGACAUUCAUGGGCAAAAUGCUCCCAACAACCUUCACAUCUACACCCGAUCCCUCUCCAGCCGCCGAGUCUCGAACAGGCAGUCCAACAAAAACCCUCGAAGAAGCCCGUCUCCAAACAGCCAUGGCCCGCUCCAGACCACCCCUCCACACCAAAUCCUCCAGCACAGACAGCGAGACCCCACCCGCCACAUCCGCCCACCGAGUCUUCUCCUUCAAAUUCUCCCUCGAAUGGACACAACACUUCGAAAGACCAACUCCCGCCGCCCCAUCAUCCUCCCUCUCAAGCUCAAACGGCUCCACCCGGCUGAACACCAACGAACGCCGCAUCAUACCUCCUCGCCUCCCUGCCCCGGCUCAAGCAUGGAUCGGCGCCAGAGUUCCAGGCAUGAGCCAGGAGAUUGCGCCGAGGGAUCCGAGGCUUGAUGGUGGUGCCGUGAGGGAGAAGAGGGCGAAGUAUGCGGGACGGGCGCUGGCGGAGUGGGGUCUUGUGGUGGGGGAGUGUAAUAGUUUUGUAGAUAGGAGGAGGAGUGAGGGCGUGCCGGGGUUGAAGUGGGUUGAGGUUCCUACGUUGGGGGUUGAGGGGUUUAGGAGGUUUGGGUGAGGUGGGAUGAGGUGAGAUGGAGGGUUUACGUUGACGUAGAAAGAAGUGCCAUCUUGUGUCAAAUUCUGAUCUCUUUUUGUUGUUAGGUGUGGUGCGGGGAUACCGUUCGCGGCCUGGAAUAUAGGUGCUGGGCAUGCUGGUCUGGUCCUCCUGCGGUGUUUUGAUAUCUUUCUUUCCUUUCCUACUUUCUUUCUUGGAGAAUGAGAGUGUUAUUGCAUAGCAUUGGUGUUUUGGAUGGAUGGACCAUUGAUGGAUGGAUGGAUGGAUGGCUGAUUUUGAUAAUUUGUCUUGUCUUGGGUUCUUUUUUUGGGGGGGGGUUUCUGCCUCGGUUUUCAAUUUCUAGUGUAUUUCGACCUGACUUGGGUUGGCUCCGUUCUGGGAUUUUCGAGAUUCCCCGACUGGUGCGGUUAAUGGGAUUGGCAUUGAAAUGGAAUGGAAUUGAAUGGAAUUGCUGGGUGGUAAGCAAAUAUACAUACAUCGAUUGAGUCGGGGUUGAGUUUGAGGUUUUAGUCUGAAUUUGAGUUUGGGCUGGGGGGUUUGUUGGAUAGUUGGUAUAUACAUUCUGGAGUGAUUGAUGCUGACUGCGUCGAUUUCCAUUGAGAAGUGGGAGGGAGAUUGGCGAGGUUGGUGAGGUUGGUGGGGAGAGGGAGUUCUGAAAGGAUAGAAGCCGACACCGAAUACCGAGAAGGAAGGAAGGAAGGAAACAUGAGGAUGAGGAGAUAUAGCUAUACAUAUAUAUAUAUAUAUAUAUAUAUAUAUAUAUGUAGGUGUAGAUAUAUAUGUAGAUGUAGAUGUAAAUGUAUAUCCAUAUUUGAAUAUGGAGAGAGAGAG